GAGCAAAAUAAUAAUUUUUAUUUAUAACUUAUUUAGUUUAUACGUAUUUUUACUUUCUUGUCUCUCAUUCUCUUCGAAGUUCGAAUAUAACGCGUGUUUAUUUUUUAAAUGCGUUGAAGUCCAAAUAAAACAACGUUAUCAACAGAAAGCGGAAAGGCCAGGAAAGGCCUUUUGCAUGUUACCUCAAAAGGCUCAAAAUGCCUUCGUGCACUAACGUCCCCUGAAAAAGUGGAUGUAAACCACAUAUAGCAACAUUCACUUUCCUGCACCACGGGUAUACAAUUUGUGGUUUGUGUCAUAUGUUAUACUUGUAUUCAAAUUUUUAAUUAAAAAAAUAUAUAUAAUUAAUUUAUGUAAUAUAAAGUUUUGCGAGAAAUAGAAAGAAAAAGAAAGAAGAAUGUGGCAUAUAUAUGAUUAGCACGGACACGAACCACGUUCUAAUGCUAUAAUUUGAUCGACAAUGUUAUAAGAUAAACGUGGUACGUAGUUUCUUUUUUGAAAACGUGGACGUGAGGCGUUAGUGUACGGAGAAGAUCGCCGGUCCCACCCAAAAAGCCGGCAUGGCCUCUCUCACGCUUCUCUCUGCUGACGCUAUCAAUUCCAAACUCCAGAGUAGUGCAGAUACGAGAUAUACAGAGACUUGAUAUUUCCAACAAUUUGCAACAAAUAUAAAAAUAAAUCAUCAAAAAUGCAUGAAAAUUUAAAUGAUCUUAGUCUCUUAGGCACUUGUAGUGUUAUUUUACUUUGAUUUAUAUUCAGAGCUUCAUAUUCCUCGAGUAUAAACAGUUUAUAUACAUCACAAACAGUUGUUACAGUGGCUCGACGUCAAUACGAUCGUUCGCCGUCAAUUAUCAGCAUGUCACGAACAGGAACGAAACUCGACGCAAAGAAAGUGAGCUCUGAAUUGUUUACUCUGACCUAUGGCGCGCUCGUGGCCCAGUUGCUCCAGGACUAUGAAAACGCGGAGGACGUUAAUAAGCAGCUGGAGAGAAUGGGAUACAACAUCGGGAUACGACUGAUAGAGGAUUUCCUGGCGCGGACCGGCUCCGGCCGGUGCUACGAUUUCAGAGACACGGCAGAGAAGAUUCAGAGCGCCUUCAAGAUAUUCCUCGGCAUCACGCCGUCGAUCACAAACUGGAGCCCAGCCGGCGACGAGUUCUCGCUGUGCUUCGAGACAAAUCCCCUAACGGAAUUUGUGGAAUUGCCGGAUAAUUAUACUAACCUCAAGUAUUGUAACAUACUACCCGGCGUGCUCAGGGGAGCCUGCGAAAUGGUGCAAAUGGAGGUCGCCUGCUGGUUCGUGCAGGAUCAGCUCAAGAACGACAAUGUGACCGAAUUGCGUGUGAAAUUUGUCAAAAGACUAGAGGAUGCGAUACCAGCGGGCGAAGAUUAAACGUGUCCAUUACCUAAUUAUAAAUAUGUGCAAACGAUAUAUCUGCGUUAUAUCGUGUAUGUCGUUCUAAGUAUCUUAUACCUUUCUUAAGUAUCUUUUAAGUUUAAGAUAUAUUAACAGUUAUGUUCAUUUCUUACUGUUGUAGAUUAAUUUUAAUCUCGAUUCAACUUGUUUUUUAUUCUUUUCUAAUCCUUAAAAUUAGGAAAAGAUAAAGAAGUUAAAUCGAGAUUAAAGUUGAUCUACAUGAUUGAUGAGAGGUGGGCAUUAGGCGUGUAUUUACGUUGCUUGCAUUCCGCAAACUUUGAAAAAGUAAUAUAAGAUGAAUUUCAUUUUUAUGUUGAUGUCACAACGAUAUAGUGAGGCAAUACAUACCAAGUUGUUUAAAA